AUGGCAAAUGUUUCAUCAUUGAUCGAUUCUAUAACCUCUUGCGUCUCCAUUUUCAAAUGCCGUUUACUUCAUUGUAAAGUAGUUAAGAAUGUGAGUUAUCGACAUGGAUUUAUUGGGGACCAGCUUGUUGGGCUUUACCUGAGACUCGGUCAUGAAGUUUGUGCAGAGAAACUGUUCGAUGAAAUGCCUGAGAGAGAUUUAGUCUCUUGGAACUCUUUGAUUUCUGGGUAUUCAAAGAGAGGAUAUUUGGGUAAAUGUUUUGAGGCGUUAUCUAGGAUGAUGAGAUCUGAGAUGUGUUUUAGACCCAAUGAAGUUACGUUUUUGUCGAUUAUUUCGGCUUGUGUUUAUGGUAGAAGUAGAGAAGAGGGACAAUGCGUUCAUGGGUUGGUGAUGAAAUCUGGUGUACUUGAUGAGGAAGUGAAAGUUGUUAAUGCUCUUAUUAAUUGGUAUGGAAAGACUGGAGAUUUGACUUCAUCUUGUAAAUUGUUCGAGGAUUCAAGCGUAAAGAAUUUGGUUUCGUGGAAUACGAUGAUUUUGAUUCACUUGCUAAACGGUUUAGCUGAAGAAGGUCUGGCUUAUUUCAGCAUGAGCAGAAGGAUUGGGAAUACGCUUGAUCAAGCGGCUUUUCUGGCUGUUCUCCGUGUCUGUGAAGGCAUUGGGGUAGUGAAAUUGGCGCAAGGAAUUCACGGGCUAAUCUUGUUAAGUGGGUUUAAUGCAAACAAGUGUAUAGCGACGGGGUUAUUAGACUUGUACGCGAAACUAGGGAGGUUGGAGGAUUCGUCUACGGUUUUUCUGGAGAUUAAGUGUCCAGAUAGCUUGGCGUGGACAGCAAUGCUUGCUGCUUAUGCCACUCAUGGUUAUGGAAAAGACGCAAUCAAGCAUUUUGAGCUCAUGGUUCACUAUGGUAUUAGUCCUGAUCAUGUAACCUUCACUCACUUGCUGAGUGCUUGUAGUCACGCGGGUCUUGUCGAAGAAGGGAAGCAUUAUUUCGAAACAAUGUCUAAAAGAUAUGGAAUUGAGCCAAGGUUAGAUCACUACUCAUGUAUGGUCGAUCUCAUGGGUCGAUCGGGGUUUCUUCAAGAAGCUUAUAGAUUGAUCAAAGAGAUGCCAAUGGAAGCAAGUUCUGGUGUUUGGGGAGCUUUGCUUGGUGCUUGUAGGGUUUACGGAAAUACACAGCUCGGAGUAAAAGCCGCGGAGAGAUUGUUUGAAUUAGAGCCUUGUGAUGGUAGAAACUACAUAAUGCUAUCAAAUAUCUAUUCAGCUUCUGGUCAAUGGAAAGAUGCUUCAAGAACAAGGAAUCUGAUGAAACAGAAAGGUCUUGUAAGAGGUAAAGGGUGUAGCUACAUUGAACAUGGUAAUAAGAUUCAUAAGUUUGUUGUUGGAGAUUGGUCUCAUCCUGAAUCUGAGAAGAUACAGAAGAAGCUUAAAGAGAUUAGAAAGAAGAUGAAGAAUGAAUUAGGGUAUAAAUCAAGAACAGAGUUUGUGUUACAUGAUGUUGAUGAAGAUGUAAAGGAGGAAAUGAUUAAUCAACACAGUGAGAAGAUUGCAAUGGCUUUUGGACUUUUGAUGAUUAGUCAAAUAGAGACAAUAAUCAUAAGGAAGAAUCUUAGAAUAUGUGGAGAUUGUCAUGAAACAGCAAAAGCAAUAUCAUUGAUUGAGAAAAGAAGACUCGUUAUUAGAGAUUCUAAGAGGUUUCAUCAUUUCUCACAAGGUUCUUGCUCUUGCAGAGAUUAUUGGUAG